AUGGCCGACGUCCAUUCUGCUUUCGAGUUCAACAGUGUUCCUUGCAAGCGGAAACGGAGACCGGAGGAUGUGGAUGAUGAAUUCCUCAAUCCACAUGCGAAAAGGAGGUCGAGUCAUUGUUUGCCAAUCCGAUUGUCACCAUCCCGCUCACAAGUCUCCAUCCCUCCGGCAUUUCCCAUGUUCACCUCGAUAUACCAACAACCCCCGACACCAGUCGACACCUCCGACGAGGAGAGUUCGAGCCACUCGAGGGACGAACAUCGCUCCACUAGCAAGCCGUCGUCAACCCAUGAUCAUCGGCUCAACAGCGACAGUAGCAUGUCCUUCACGAACGCGGAAUAUGGGGACUCCCUUGAUGUCGACAUGGACCUCAACUUGGGCUCGGCUUCUCAGCCCAGAAUUAGACGGGCCCGGUCCAACGAUAUCAUCGCGCCGCAUCGUGACUCGAUCUUUCUGAACGCUGUGGACAACUCCAGCAGGGAAAGGGUCCCUACUCCAAUCAAUAGCCAUUUCGACAAUCGUGUAAACGACUUGCCCAACGUUCCACGGCAUCAUUUUCCUCCAUUACGCACAAAUCUUAGUCCGAUGUUUGAGCAGGAAACUUGGAUCAGCCGAGACGGGCUGCCUAGUCCGACGGAAGACCAGGACAUGGAUACCGUGAUGAUGCUUGACCACACCAACAGCACCAGCGGGCUACACGUGGUCGACAAUGGGGUCGACGGCAUUCAACUGAUGGAGAGGUAUGAAGAUCAAUCCAAUGGAAGGUCCAGUCAUGAACGUUUAAGGACGGCCAAGCUCCACAUGGGGUUUCUCAACGGUUGCGAAAAGUGUAUGCAGAAAGUCCCGGGCCAUUACAGUCACAUUCUACGCCCUUGA